AUGACAUAUCUCUACGAGACGCCAGAUCCCACUAUACACGGCAUUCUGCUUCCGCAACUCGACAACAAUCUAGAAUUCGACUUUGGGAUUUUCUUCAUGGACGACAUGGACGACGUCAAGGUUCCCGAGACCCUCCGUCACAGGCCCCCGUUGCCUGAAAUCCGUGACUAUGGACACGGUAUCGAGCUGAUCGUCGGAAGCCCACAGAAACUUGAGCGCAAGCCAUUUGCUGCCUUGUAUCAAGAAUACUGGCAGGAUAACAUGGACAACGACGUCGAUGAGGAAUUGGAGUUUUCCAGCAGUUAUCUUUUGUCCCGCGCCCCUGGUCGCCAGGUGAACCUUGCUUGCCACCGCACUCGAUGGGUCGUUUACAAGGAAGGCCAGUUCGUUUCCUCCAACGAGAGCGUUGCCCUGCGCAAUGCCGGCCAACAAGGCUUGCCUGUUCCGAAAGUCUUUUGUCGGGAAAGGCUCUACGCUGCUGGCGGCGAGGACAUUUACAGCAUCAAAAUGAGCUACAUCGCUGGUCAAGCUCUGACCAGGAUCUGGGUGACUCUGACCCACGAGGAAAGAAUUGACGUAUUUACUCAAGUCCGGAACAUGCUCCUGCACCUGAGUAUCCCAGACAGCGCUCCCAAAGUUAUCGGCAGCUGUGAUGGUCUGGACAUUCGCGACAGUCGACUUGCGAAAACUCACUUUGGUCCUAUCUCCCCAGUUACUAUACGACGCGAUUAUCUGCGCAAGCUCAACCAAAAGAGACACCGUGUGGUCUUUUGCCACUGCGACCUGUCUCCCGACAACAUCAUUGUCAACGAGCACAUGCAAGUCAUUGGCCUACUCGACUGGGAAGAUGCCGGCUAUUAUCCUGAGUAUUGGGAGAACUUCAAGUUUUACUCGCGCCCUGAGAUGGUAAAUGGGUGGCAUGAGUAUGGCAAAUACAUUCUACCCCAUAUUUUUGACGAGGAGGUCAAGGACUUUAUGGAGGUCAGAAAGUAUCAGUUGCCCUAA